AUGUCUACUUCAGUAACUGAGUGUCCACAUUGUAGUGGCAAGUUACGGAAAUGUUUAAUUCAGCAAAACUUCAGUAUUGUUAUUUGCCCUAACGAGGAAUGCAUGUAUCCAUUCAGCGACACUGAUAUAAUCAACCACAUAGUUCAGACAAAUGACAAAGAGAUACUAGAGGCUGCAAAGGCUAGAUUAACCAAUAAUAAACUACUUGAUAGCAUGGGUGAUAAUAAUACGAUUGUUGAAUGA